GGGGGAUGCGGCGGCGACCGCGCUGAGCCCGAGCCCGCCCGGAGCGCCGCCGCCGCCGCGCCGACCAUGUCGGCGGCCAAGGAGAACCCGUGCAGGAAAUUCCAGGCCAACAUCUUCAACAAGAGCAAGUGUCAGAACUGCUUCAAGCCCCGCGAGUCGCAUCUGCUCAACGACGAGGACCUGACGCAGGCAAAACCCAUUUAUGGUGGCUGGCUGCUCCUGGCUCCAGAUGGGACUGACUUUGACAACCCGGUGCACCGGUCUCGGAAAUGGCAGCGGCGGUUCUUCAUUCUUUACGAGCACGGCCUCUUGCGCUACGCCUUGGAUGAGAUGCCCACGACCCUCCCUCAGGGCACCAUCAACAUGAACCAGUGCACAGAUGUGGUGGAUGGGGAGGGCCGCACUGGCCAGAGGUUCUCCCUGUGCAUCCUGACUCCUGAGAAAGAGCAUUUCAUCAGGGCAGAAACCAAGGAGAUCAUCAGUGGGUGGCUGGAGAUGCUCAUGGUCUAUCCCAGGACCAACAAGCAGAACCAGAAGAAGAAACGGAAAGUGGAGCCUCCUACACCUCAGGAGCCUGGGCCUGCCAAGGUGGCCGUCACCAGCAGCAGCAGCAGCAGCAUCCCCAGUGCUGAGAAGGUCCCCACCACCAAGUCCACACUCUGGCAGGAGGAAAUGCGGGCCAAGGACCAGCCAGACGGGAGCAGCCUGAGUCCAGCUCAGAGUCCCGGCCAGGGCCAGCCUCCUGCUACCAGCUCCCUGCGGGAACCUGGGCUGGAGAGUAAAGAAGAGGAGAAUGCCGUGAGCAGUGACCGCAUGGACUGUGGCCGCAAAGUCCGGGUGGAGAGCGGCUACUUCUCCCUGGAGAAGACCAAGCAGGACUUGAAGGCUGAGGAGCAGCAGCUGCCCCCACCGCUCUCCCCGCCCAGCCCUAGCACCCCUAACAACAGGUACAGUUGCCCCGAAUCACUCUCCCAGGAGCUUGGUCAUCCCUUUCCUUCCCCAGGUCCUCAGCCCCCCAGCCGGAUGGUCUGCAGCAUCUCCCUUGGCUCCCUGGACGUAGCUGGCCGGCCCCCUGCCCACGUGGACUCUGGCAGCACUGGGGGGCAGGGGACAGAGAGACUGGGGAGCACCUUUGCCUUUAAAGCCAGCAGGCAGUACGCCACCCUGGCCGACGUCCCCAAGGCCAUCAGGAUCAGCCACCGAGAAGCCUUCCAGGUGGAGAGAAGGCGGCUGGAGCGUAGGACUCGGGCCCAGAGCCCUGGCAGGGAAGAGGUGGCCCGCCUGUUUGGCAGUGAGCGGAGGAGGUCCCAGGUAAUUGAGAAAUUUGAGGCCUUGGACAUUGAGAAGGCGGAGCGCAUGGAGACCAACUCGUCAGCAGGGCCCUCGCCCUCCAGCGACGCUCGCCAGGGCCGCAGCGAGAAGAGGGCAUUCCCCAGGAAGCGGGACGUCACCAGCGAAGCCCCCACAGCUCCUCUCUCUGACGCCUCAGCUCCCCCCCUGUCUCCACACCGCAGAGCCAAGUCACUGGACAGGAGGUCCACGGAGCCCUCCAUGACGCCUGACCUGCUGAAUUUCAAGAAAGGCUGGCUGACCAAGCAGUAUGAGGACGGCCAGUGGAAGAAACACUGGUUCGUCCUGGCCGAUCAAAGCCUGAGAUACUAUAGGGACUCGGUGGCUGAGGAGGCAGCUGACUUGGAUGGGGAAAUUGACUUGUCUACAUGUUAUGAUGUCACGGAGUAUCCAGUCCAGAGAAACUAUGGUUUCCAGAUACAUACAAAAGAUGGUGAGUUCACCCUGUCGGCCAUGACAUCUGGAAUCCGGAGGAACUGGAUCCAGACCAUCAUGAAGCACGUGCACCCGGCCACCACCCCAGAUGUGACCAGCUCCUUGCCAGAGGAAAAGAACAAGAGCAGCUCUUCUUUUGACACCUGCCCGAGGCCGAGUGAGAAGCAAGAGGCAGAGCCAGGGGAGUCGGACCCUGAGCAGAAGAGGAGCCGCGCUCGAGAGCGGAGACGGGAGGGCCGCUCCAAGACCUUUGACUGGGCUGAGUUCCGUCCCAUCCAGCAGGCCCUGGCUCAGGAGAGGGCUGGCACCAUGGGGACCCCCGUGGGAACCCCCGAUACCCACGAGCCUGGGCGCCCUGAGGCUGAGCCUGGCGAGCUUGAGCGGGAGCGCGCACGACGGCGGGAGGAGCGCCGCAAGCGCUUUGGGAUGGCAGAUGCAGAGGAUGUGGCCCUGCGCAUGGAGGUGGACCGGAGCCCAGGGCUGCCUGUGACCCCCGACCUCAAGACACAGAAUGUCCAUGUGGAGAUUGAGCAGCGGUGGCAUCAGGUGGAGACCACCCCUCUGCGGGAAGAAAAGCAGGUGCCCAUCACGCCCCUGCACCUGUCCUCCUCUGAGGAUGGAGGAGACCGGCUCUCCGCCCAGGAGCUGACCUCUCUGCUAGAAAAGGAGCUAGAGCAGAGCCAGAGGGAAGCCUCAGACCUUCUGGAACAGAACCGACUCCUGCAGGACCAGCUGAGGGUGGCCCUGGGCCGGGAGCAGAGCGCCCGGGAGGGCUAUGUGCUGCAGGCCACGUGUGAGCGAGGGUUUGCAGCAAUGGAAGAAACACACCAGAAGAAGAUUGACGAUCUACAGAGGCAGCACCAGCGGGAGCUGGAGAAGCUUCGGGAGGAGAAAGACCGCCUCCUAGCCGAGGAGACAGCAGCCACCAUCUCAGCCAUUGAAGCCAUGAAGAACGCCCACAGGGAGGAGAUGGAGCGGGAGCUGGAGAAGAGCCAGCGGUCCCAGAUCAGCAGCAUCAACUCGGACAUCGAGGCCCUGAGGCGGCAGUAUCUGGAGGAGCUGCAGUCAGUGAAGCGGGAGCUGGAGGUCCUUUCCGAGCAGUACUCGCAGAAGUGCCUGGAGAACGCCCACCUGGCCCAGGCGCUAGAGGCCGAGCGGCAGGCCUUGCGGCAGUGCCAGCGCGAGAACCAGGAGCUCAACGCCCACAACCAGGAGCUGAACAACCGCCUGGCUGCGGAGAUCACACGGUUACGGACGCUACUGACUGGUGAUGGCGGCGGGGAGGCUGCUGGGUCACCCCUCACGCAUGGCAAGGACGCCUAUGAGUUGGAGGUCCUACUGCGGGUCAAGGAAUCAGAAAUACAGUACCUAAAACAGGAGAUCAGCUCCCUCAAGGACGAGCUACAGACAGCAUUGCGGGACAAGAAGUACGCCAGUGACAAGUAUAAAGACAUCUACACAGAGCUCAGCAUCGCGAAGGCAAAAGCUGAUUGCGACAUCAGCAGGUUGAAAGAGCAGCUAAAGGCCGCAACGGAAGCGCUGGGGGAGAAGUCCCUUGAGAGUGCUGCUGUGUCAGGAUACGAUAUAAUGAAAUCUAAAAGCAACCCUGACUUCUUAAAGAAAGACAGGUCCUGUGUCGCCCGGCAACUUAGAAACAUCAGGUCCAAGAGUCUGAAGGAAGGUCUGACGGUGCAGGAGCGGCUGAAGCUCUUUGAAUCCAGGGACUUGAAGAAAGAGUAGCUGUGUCCCGUUCAACUUGAACACGCACCUUUCCCGGCUUGUAGCAGCACAACCCGAGCGCUGCUUUUUGUCUGUACCUUUGUUUUUUAUUAUUAUUGUUAUUGUCGUCAUUAACUGUGGGUAUGGAUGCACGAGAGACUGGUUUAGGGGUUGUUCACACCAUUCCCUGCUGUGUUGAUUUAGACUUCCUAUGGUCUUAUCAAAGCGUUUUUCCGUGGUAUUCUGAAAUUAGUUCAGCAGCGGGGCUGCGGAGGGCCGUCCCUGCAGCCGGCGUCUGUGAGAGCCCCUCCCUUGCUGUAAGCCGCUGCACUCACUGUCAGUAUUAAGGCUCAGCAGCCUGUUGAUAAGCUAGCCCUGUCUCACUGAGCGCUGGCGUGCAGACAGGGCCCGGCGGCAAGCACGCCCCAGGGUAGACUAGUCCCAGUUGGUAAGAGAAAAGGCCAUGCAGACGCCCGGCUCGGCCUGGAUCACAGCACUGCUACCUGGCUCAGUAGCCCAGCUGUCAGAGGAGGAGGUGCACUGCCUUUUGGCCGGAGAGGAGGACGGCGUUUUGUAUUUGUUCCACUGAUGCAGCUUAGAAGCACACCCCAGAUAAUCGUGGCAAACCCUUCACAUCCUGGAAAAUGUUGAAAGCAACCAUUCCUAUUUUUGUUUGUUUUUUAUUAAAUCUUGCACAAAA